GGAGUGAACGCCGGCCGGUCUGCCGUCGCGACUGACGAUUAAGAAUAAGGCCGAUGAAAUAUCCUAGAGUGAAUUUUUAACGAGCUCGAAACUUCGGCCAAGACCGAGUCACGCGGCUUUCGACUCGGCAAAUCAUGCGUAUGACAAACUAACCGAGCAUCUUUCGGUCGGCUCCGAUCCAUCUAGUAUUCGUUUCUAUGUCCAUGGAUCCACCGCGUGGUCGGACACACGUGUCAGUUCUCUGGUUAGCAUGCAGCUUUGAGUAGCGCUGCGGUAGACGAGAAGCAGACGGAGCGCAUGAGCAGCGGGUAAAAUGAGGAAACCGGUCAUUUUCAACUGUGGAUCCAGUGAAUUUCACAUGAAGGACACUUGAUUGGAUAUGUUCGUCAGGUGGUUGAAAGAUUUACAUCGGUUGCCUCUUAUCGGACGAUUUCACUUUCCGAUAUAACUUUAAUAGGUGAUAAAUUCAAUGAUCCGGAUAAAACCGUACGGCCAGUAAAACCAGUUCAUAAGCUACCGACGUUCGACUUUUACUCAUAAAACGAAACUGCUGCCAGCAGAGCGCGCGAUUGCCUGUAAUACUGAAACAGCGCGCGAUUACGAUCCGUUGCAGAAAAAUGAAUCCUGCUUAUGCAGCAGCUUCGUAGUCAGAGGAUUCUGAAACAACUUCGAAGCGAGAAGAUAAAAAGUUUGAAGAGCGUUUAUUCCCGGCGUCAAGAACUGGUUCAAGAUAAGAAUGAGCUCGUCGAACUCCGAGACCGUCUCCAUCAGUGCGGAAGUGCGGAAGCCGAACCUUUGCAAGAAGUAUCUGGGAUGGAUUCGCUACGUGACGAUCGAGCCGACCAUGUGGCUCUACAUGAUGGCUUACAUGACGACUUCCGUCGUCGAGCAAGCCUUCUACGUGAACAAAGCUUGCCGCGUCGAUCACGGACUAUCAGAAGAGAUUUGCGACAAUUUAAGCGAGAACGAUACGCUGCAGACAGAAGUUCAAGUGACGGUAUCGACCUUUCAUCAAUGGAACGACAUCGCGAGCUACGCAUUCCCGAUAAUCCUGGCCCUUUUUAACGGGAAUUGGAGCGAUCGCCGAGGGAGAAAAGCUCCGUUGGUAAUCGCGCUGAUCGGAAAGGUAAUAUUCUCCUUCAUGAUCGUGGUGAACUCGGUAUUGGACACCUGGACUUUGAACAUGAUCCUCUACACGGCCAGCUUGCCGAUGGCUUUACUCGGCAGCGACGUCGCGAUAUUCGCCAGCUGUUUCUCUUACAUUUCCGACGUGUCUUCGGUCACCCAUCGAACAAUUCGGGUCGCCAUCCUGGACGUGGUUUACUUGAGCACCAUGCCCGUAGGAAUCAGCCUGGGCUCCUUCUUGUUUUACAAAGUGGUCAACCAGUCCUACACAAUAAUGUUCGCCAUCAAUGGCACCCUCCUAAUUGUCGCCGUUAUCUACUCCGUGUUGAGACUAGAAAUGAGAACGACACCGCAGCAGAUGCCGAUAGACAAGGGGACCAACAUACUCCUCGAUUAUUUUGACAAGAAACACGUCGUCGCCAGUAUAAACACUUUGAUCAAGCCGAGACCCGAACGUAGGAGACUCUACUUGUGGACUCUGCUAUUGGCCAUGGCUCUUUACACCUUCCAAAGAAACGAAAGAGAGAAGAGCUACCUUUACACCGUAAAAACAUUCUCAUGGGACGUUGGAACUUUUAGUACAUUCCGGACUGUCCAAUCGAGUUUAUUCGUCGUAGCAAUGCUCUUCGGCAUUCCGAUCAUGAGUAAGGCCUUCAAGAUGCGAGACACCUUGAUUGUAGCCGUUGGAGCGAUAUCCCAUGCGAGUGGCCGAAUCUUUUACGCGACCGCAACUGAGCCAUCUCUGUUUUACGUAGGUGCGGUGGUCGCUGCUUUGGGUCCAGUAGUGGCACCAGUUCUCAGGUCGAUGAUGUCAAAGGUGGUUCCAGUGUCGGAAAGAGGGAAAGUUUUCGCUCUUCUGUCCGUGUGUGACAAUGCUGUACCACUCGUCAGCACCGUGUUAUACUCUCAACUUUACAACGCGACUGUGAAGACGACACCAAGCUCGAUUUACUGGCUAACGUUCAGCACUCAAAUCGCAGUUCUGCUACUUAGUAUGGUGAUUCACGUGUCCCUUGGAUCCCGACGGUUGGAAUCCGCGAAUGAAGAGACCGACAGUAUCUGCAGUUUUCCGGUACUCACCAAGAAUGAUCCAUCGCUUGAAUCGUAUGAGAAGAAAAAAAACGCUGCUGCUUGACCCGCGAGAAAAUACGCGUUUAAACAUGAUUUAGAAUUAUAGUUAAUUAUUAAUUUAUACACUGCCAUAGUAGACUGCUAUAUUUAGUGUACAGGCAUUACAUUCGAAUCAGCAGCUACAUACCUUGAGAAUUGUCAGUGAUGUUUAAAUUUAUACGGGUUCAAUAAGCUGUUGUCACAUAUAUUUCGAAUCGACGCGAAUAUAAUAUAUGAUACACAGUAGCCGUACGAUAAUCUUAACUAUGUCUUAAAUCAGACCGAAGACAACAACGAAGAAUUGAAUUUUUGUGACCGACAUAAGCUAUCUGGUAACAUUUUCCGCUCAUAAUUGAACGCUCAAUAACUUUUUCAACAACUUUUGACAGAAUUUUGAAUUUGCGACUGUUUCGAUAACUAAAUUCUGAAAAUUCUCAAUUCCAAAAUUCAUUGUUUCUAAAUUGCUCUGCAGAAAAAAUUGAUAUUAGAAAAAGUUUUAGCGUUACACAUUUGCCAGUUUGAAAGUGUAAAAUCUCUAAUUUUUUUUUUUUUUGUCGCCUCCAUUUAUACGAAUCAGGGCUCUGAUUGAUUAUCGCAAUUCAGGCUGUGAAACGGGAGACGAACGAGGGUCGGAACGGAUACAUUUUCCAGGUAAAAGAACCUGGACGUCCUCGACCCUCGCCUCGUGCGUCCGAAUAAAAUUAACACAGCCAACAAGUUCCUACCGGCGAAUAUUUCGGUAAAGGCCUAAUUUGUAUUCAGCUGGUAGAAGGAUGUCAAGGACCGCGAAGUUGCAAAUUUCUCAUAAGUUAAUCAUAUACCUUUAAAUGUUGUAAUAAUACGUUGAAGGCAAAGUAGAUGUAAAAAUUGAACAAUAUUAUUGAAAAGAUACGCCGAAUUUUUAACGUCAGAAAACUUGCGGUCUUUAACAGCUGAUGAGGAAGUGCAGUCGCGAAUUAAUCGCGGUUGUGCAAAGUUUUUAGCGAUAACCGGUUUUACCGCUUUUCGAUUACGCUUGGUUCAAGCCGUUGUUCUUGUAGAAAUCUCACACGCUAUCCAAAAAACUUGGAUAAAAAAUUAAUAAAUUACUUGUGGUGAAUUUUCAAACUACAGCGCGAUUUCGGCAGCUUUUUUAUGCAUAUAGAUCGAAUCUCGUGUGAUUUAUAAACACGCAAACGGCGAUGCUUAUCUCGUGUAGAACUUAUGCUCGUUUUAUGUAUGAACCAACACGCGCCGUGUGUAUAAAUUUAUACACUCAACUGAACUGUCGUAAAUACUUUGCAUGACGGACAAUUCACGCAAGAAAAUAAUUACGAGAGCUUCAAAAAAUUAUCGCGGAAUACCGAGUUGAAAUAGAUGCAAGUAACGUGUAUACUGUGUUUACAUUAUGUACUCGGGUAGAUUAUAAAAUCCGGAAUACCGUUCAAACGAUCGUGUAAAAUGAUUCGAAUUUCUCGCUACAUACCGAUGAUAACUCAUCGAAAUAACCGCUCUGAGAAACUUUCAUUUUAGCCAUGUAAGAAUGGCAGAAAAUGCGUAAAAUUCAACGUUUUCUAAUUUAGUUAUGGCAGGAAUUAAUGAUUCCAUGGGUUCACCCAUUUUUUAGAAUCAACAAAGUGCCGGACAUGAUUAUUUUAAUCGGAAAUGUAGAUCGUUCGCAAAUUUCCCGCAAAUUUUUUUUGAAUUAUCGCUAGAAAAUUGAGCGGCAAUAAUUAUUUUUUUUUCAUCUUUUUCAUGCAAUUCUGGCUAACCAUUUCAGAAUUUUUAUCGUGAUUCGUCACAGACUUUGAGAGAGUUCAAAAUUCUACCUCAAGUAAAUAUAAACUUUAUGGUAUAAUUUAAGAUUUAUCUAUUCAGAAUGAUAAGCGUUAAUUUAAAGUAAAGACUCUUGUAUGAUUUGUAAUAUUUUUCUACAAUGUAAUAAGAAUUUACGUUAGUAAUAGAACAACGAGGCAAAGAGAAAGCAUUCGGUACAUACGGUUCGGGUUAGAUUCGAUAGACGAUUGUUUUAAACUGAUUAAUUCAGCGAAUCAAUUAUUCCUCGUUGAAUUUUUAUUUCACAUGGAAAUCGAUCGUCGUAGAUUAAUUUUUUUUUUUUUUUUUCUUCAUUCAGAUCCGACAAUCGGCUUUUCUGACAACGCAUAUCAUACCUAUAAUAACGAAACUCUUCAAAGAAGUUCCGUUAAAAAUACGAAAAAAUGACCAUCGUCGCGUAAUGUCAAGGCGGAAAAUCGAAAGUGUAAUAUACGUGGAAAAAAUGUAAAAUAGAUGGCAAACGGGAAUUGAAGGCUUGUUUACGAGGUGAACCUUUGCGAAAUUGUCAUACCUGUAGAAUCGAAAGUGCAUAUGCUAUAUGUAUGAUAUUUUCUACGUAACUGUAAUUCGAAUAUUUGCCGUAUUCCAUUCUGACCCAAAUUCAGUCCCACCAUAAGCCAACGCCCAUCGAGGCUCUCUUCGCUUAUAAAGAGACAAUACUUGCAACUUUUCGACACAGUCUGAACUGCCAAAGAGCUCCAGAGAGUGCAAAGUACGAGACCCAAAAUCUCCGUUCAACAUGAUCGUCAAAGGACUGUUUUCGUUAUUGUUCGCGCUUUUGACAGCCGUUGCAAGCGCUGUUCCGCUCCCGGUUCCGGCAGGUGCCAUUCUCGCAUUUCCCAUACCACAAAGGCCUUUUUACGCGUCAAACCUAGGACCUUAUCCAAGACCAACGACCCGAAGACCGCAAUGAUGAGACGAACAUUCCCAAAGUUCUUUUUUUUUUUUUUUCGCAAUAGCGAAAAAACAUAUUUCCUGUAAAAGUACUACAGAAAUUAAGCAUAUUAAGUGUAAUUACGAUAACAACUUAUCGUAGUAUAAUUAAAAUUGUGAAUAUUUAUUAAUAAUACAAUUUAUAUAGCAAACACAAUCAAUUGCAAUUCUGUAUCACGUGCAUAUGAUUUAUUUGUUAGAAAUUUACUUCAUGUAAUAACCAUGCACUAUUGAACCUUUGAGCAUUUUAAAAUCUUCGCGUAAUAUUUUCACCGUGGCGCGAAAUUCAAACGACGAGCCAGAGACAUCGUUAUUACGUAAUGACGGAGACAACCCGAUACCUGAUAACAAAAACAUCC